GUAACUGCAGCGUGACGUACGCGCCAUUUUCCCGCCAUUUUCAAAAUCCAACGCGGCUCGGUACUUUCCCCCCACGACCGCGACGCACGGUACUUCGGCCAAACCGACCGUUCUCAACGAUCGACGCUCAUUUGUUCUCCGCCGUUUCAGGGGUAACUUUGACCCUUAAGUAGCUGAGUUGAACUGUGAGCAAGCGAGUGGUGCCCCAUUAGUAAAGAAGAGAAGAGCGAUAGGUAAAAAAAGUAGUACCCCGCAUCCUGAAAAAUGAGACAAAUAUUUUGGUCUUCCGCCGUUUUGGUUUGCUUCUUGGCGCUGGUGUCAGUGUCGGAAUGCAGGAGCAUGGUCAAAAGGGAGGCUAACCCAAGCAUUGACCCCCACCAUGAACACAACGAUCAUCACAACCUCGACGAUUAUAGGGACAAAAGAAAGAUCGAAGUGAUCAAGGGUGUUAAAAAUGCUCUAUUGGGAUUCGUGUUUGACAAAAUCAACAAAUUCAUCGAUCACAAGACUCACUGGGUCGACCAACUCGACAAGCAGAACAUUCUCAAGAACAAGGCCCACGGAAUCGAACCUCCAAAGGACCCCGUGAUCUCCCUGUCCAGCAUCCUCUCAGAAACCAUCGGUCACAAGCUCGAAUCAGCUGGCCCCCUCAUCAACGUUGUCGUGGGCAAAUUGGGCAGCGGAUCCUCAGGGGGAUCCGGUCACGGCAGCGGAGGCGGGGCAGGUUUCAACUUCGGCUCCCUUGUCGGGGGACACCAAUAGAACCAGCUCAAAUCGUCGAGUACUGAUGUGGUCCAAGACCAAACCCAGUUAGAACUGCGCUGUGAAAGAUAUAUUGAUCUAAGAAUCUGCUCACAACAUCUAGUUUUACCUCGAAUAUAUCUUUCACGGCUUUAAUCAAAGGUCGACAGCAUGAAGGUGUUUCAAAGUGUUUCAAAAAUAUCUUGCAUCGUGAAUAGUGUGUUUUCUUCAAUAUACUAUAAUCAAAAAACUUGUUUUGAAUAAAUUUUAUAUCAUCAGAAGAUGAUUAUAUCUAAAUUUCAACUUCUAGCAUUAUUUGCAGUGCCAGAAGUUGAUUUUUGUUCUCUGACAGUAUCUGUAAGUGACUCGAUCAAAUCUUCUGAUAACAAUAAUGUAGUUAACAAAACGCAAAUCCAAAUAAAAAAAUCAUUUUUUCAAGACAUAUUAUAAGGGUGUUAAACUAUCUUAAAGAAAAAUCUUUGUGGUAAAUAAAACGUUAAUACGCUGCUACAAUACACUAAGACAAUAAGUUUUCUUACUAUUAUCCGGAUAUCACCAUAACCAAGCUCUUCUCAAAUUAUCAACUAUGGUGAAAGUUGAUUUUUAUUCUUUGUCGCCAAUAGUAGAUGAUUAAAGCGAAGGCAACAUUAUUUUUCUAGGAUUUUGUGUAAAUGUUGAUGGUAAAAAACGAAUAAAACAUACAAUGUUCCAACUAUUUUGAUAUCUUUGUUAUUAGUCUGUUUGUUAACUUUCAUAUAUUUUUCAGAUCAUUCAAAAUAAAAUCUAAUUAUUUAAUCAAUUUCUGGGAAAUGUAGUUCUGACAAAUACAACAAAUCCAUCGUUGAUUUAUGCGGAAAAUAAUAGUGGUUCUUAAGUAUUUAUUUUUAAUUACAUAUUUCUAUACAAGUAAACUACCACAUCUACAAUACCAUUAUUUAAGAUGAUUUGAGUCUAUUUUGCUACAAAUAUAUCUAAAAAUGUAUAUAUUCUGCAUUGAUUUUCUUUUUAGCGUUACUUUUUGUGUUCUUCUUUUGGAUCUAUUACUGCUAGUGUUCCAGCUAUAUUUUUCUCUUUUAUUUAUUUCUUAAUUCUUCAUUUUUUAUGUGCUAAUUAACUCCAUCAUAAUCAGAAUGACUCCAAUAAAUUUUAACCAAACUAAAGUAGGUUUAAUUGGAUAAAUCCAAGAUGCCUAUCUCUGUGAUAAAUAUAUAAUGCUGUAGGCAUAUAUAAUGCUGUAGGCACUUUUUAAAUAUAUUUGACAUAAGAGUUACCCUAAAUGUGAUAUAAUGAAAUGUAUAAAAAUAAAUGUCAAUCCAAACCUACUUGAAAGACAUAAUUCAAGUAUUUUAUAACAAAAAAAUGCAUGUCUAAAUAUGAAAAAACAUAUACAUAUAGAUAUUUGAUUUUUGUUAA